GGCCUGGUCUGCGGCUGAGAUACACAGAGCGACAGAGACAUUUAUUGUUAUUUGUUUUUUGGUGGCAAAAAGGGAAAAUGGCGAACGACUCCCCUGCAAAAAGUCUGGUGGACAUCGACCUCUCCUCCCUGCGGGAUCCUGCUGGGAUUUUUGAGCUGGUGGAAGUGGUUGGAAAUGGCACCUAUGGACAAGUCUAUAAGGGUCGACAUGUUAAAACGGGUCAGUUGGCAGCCAUCAAAGUUAUGGAUGUCACUGAGGAUGAAGAGGAAGAAAUCAAACUGGAGAUAAAUAUGCUAAAGAAAUACUCUCAUCACAGAAACAUUGCAACAUAUUAUGGUGCUUUCAUCAAAAAGAGCCCUCCAGGACAUGAUGACCAACUCUGGCUUGUUAUGGAGUUCUGUGGGGCUGGGUCCAUUACAGACCUUGUGAAGAACACCAAAGGGAACACACUCAAAGAAGACUGGAUCGCUUACAUCUCCAGAGAAAUCCUGAGGGGACUGGCACAUCUUCACAUUCAUCAUGUGAUUCACCGGGAUAUCAAGGGCCAGAAUGUGUUGCUGACUGAGAAUGCAGAGGUGAAACUUGUUGACUUUGGUGUGAGUGCUCAGCUGGACAGGACUGUGGGGCGGAGAAAUACGUUCAUAGGCACUCCCUACUGGAUGGCUCCUGAGGUCAUCGCCUGUGAUGAGAACCCAGAUGCCACCUAUGAUUACAGAAGUGAUCUUUGGUCUUGUGGCAUUACAGCCAUUGAGAUGGCAGAAGGUGCUCCCCCUCUCUGUGACAUGCAUCCAAUGAGAGCACUGUUUCUCAUUCCCAGAAACCCUCCUCCCCGGCUGAAGUCAAAAAAAUGGUCGAAGAAAUUUUUUAGUUUUAUAGAAGGGUGCCUGGUGAAGAAUUACAUGCAGCGGCCCUCUACAGAGCAGCUUUUGAAACAUCCUUUUAUAAGGGAUCAGCCAAAUGAAAGGCAAGUUAGAAUCCAGCUUAAGGAUCAUAUAGAUCGUACCAGGAAGAAGAGAGGCGAGAAAGAUGAAACUGAGUAUGAGUACAGUGGGAGUGAGGAAGAAGAGGAGGAAGUGCCUGAACAGGAAGGAGAGCCAAGUUCCAUUGUGAACGUGCCUGGUGAGUCUACUCUUCGUCGAGAUUUCCUGAGACUGCAGCAGGAGAACAAGGAACGUUCCGAGGCUCUUCGGAGACAACAGUUACUACAGGAGCAACAGCUCCGGGAGCAGGAAGAAUAUAAAAGGCAACUGCUGGCAGAGAGACAGAAGCGGAUUGAGCAGCAGAAAGAACAGAGGCGACGGCUAGAAGAGCAACAAAGGAGAGAGCGUGAAGCUAGAAGGCAGCAGGAACGUGAACAGCGAAGGAGAGAACAAGAAGAAAAGAGGCGUCUAGAGGAGUUGGAGAGAAGGCGCAAAGAAGAAGAGGAGAGGAGACGGGCAGAAGAAGAAAAGAGGAGAGUUGAAAGAGAACAGGAGUAUAUCAGGCGACAGCUAGAAGAGGAGCAGCGGCACUUGGAAGUCCUUCAGCAGCAGCUGCUCCAGGAGCAGGCCAUGUUACUGGAGUGCCGAUGGCGGGAGAUGGAGGAGCACCGGCAGGCAGAGAGGCUCCAGAGGCAGUUGCAACAAGAACAAGCAUAUCUCCUGUCUCUACAGCAUGACCAUAGGAGGCCGCACCCGCAGCACUCGCAGCAGCCGCCACCACCGCAGCAGGAAAGGAGCAAGCCAAGCUUCCAUGCUCCCGAGCCCAAAGCCCACUACGAGCCUGCUGACCGAGCGCGAGAGGUGGAAGAUAGAUUUAGGAAAACUAACCACAGCUCCCCUGAAGCCCAGUCUAAGCAGACAGGCAGAGUAUUGGAGCCACCAGUGCCUUCCCGAUCAGAGUCUUUUUCCAAUGGCAACUCCGAGUCUGUGCAUCCCGCCCUGCAGAGACCAGCGGAGCCACAGGUUCCUGUGAGAACAACAUCUCGCUCCCCUGUUCUGUCCCGUCGAGAUUCCCCACUGCAGGGCAGUGGGCAGCAGAAUAGCCAGGCAGGACAGAGAAACUCCACCAGCAGUAUUGAGCCCAGGCUUCUGUGGGAGAGAGUGGAGAAGCUGGUGCCCAGACCUGGCAGUGGCAGCUCCUCAGGGUCCAGCAACUCAGGAUCCCAGCCCGGGUCUCACCCUGGGUCUCAGAGUGGCUCCGGGGAACGCUUCAGAGUGAGAUCAUCAUCCAAGUCUGAAGGCUCUCCAUCUCAGCGCCUGGAAAAUGCAGUGAAAAAACCUGAAGAUAAAAAGGAAGUUUUCAGACCCCUCAAGCCUGCUGUAAGGAUUGAUCUGACUGCACUGGCCAAAGAGCUUCGAGCAGUGGAAGAUGUACGGCCACCUCACAAAGUAACGGACUACUCCUCAUCCAGUGAGGAGUCGGGGACGACGGAUGAGGAGGACGACGAUGUGGAGCAGGAAGGGGCUGACGAGUCCACCUCAGGACCAGAGGACACCAGAGCAGCGUCAUCUCUGAAUUUGAGCAAUGGUGAAACGGAAUCUGUGAAAACCAUGAUUGUCCAUGAUGAUGUAGAAAGUGAGCCGGCCAUGACCCCAUCCAAGGAGGGCACUCUAAUCGUCCGCCAGAGUACAGUUGACCAAAAGCGUGCCAGCCAUCAUGAGAGCAAUGGCUUUGCCGGUCGCAUUCACCUCUUGCCAGAUCUCUUACAGCAAAGCCAUUCCUCCUCCACUUCCUCCACCUCCUCCUCCCCAUCCUCCAGCCAGCCGACACCCACCAUGUCCCCACAGACACCCCAGGACAAGCUCACUGCUAAUGAGACUCAGUCCGCUAGUAGCACACUCCAGAAACACAAAUCUUCCUCCUCCUUUACACCUUUUAUAGACCCCAGAUUACUACAGAUUUCUCCAUCUAGCGGAACAACAGUGACUUCUGUGGUGGGAUUUUCCUGUGAUGGGAUGAGACCAGAAGCCAUAAGGCAAGAUCCUACCCGGAAAGGCUCAGUGGUCAAUGUGAAUCCUACCAACACUAGGCCACAGAGUGACACCCCGGAGAUUCGUAAAUACAAGAAGAGGUUUAACUCUGAGAUUCUGUGUGCUGCCUUAUGGGGAGUGAAUUUGCUAGUGGGUACAGAGAGUGGCCUGAUGCUGCUGGACAGAAGUGGCCAAGGGAAGGUCUAUCCUCUGAUCAACCGAAGACGAUUUCAACAAAUGGACGUACUUGAGGGCUUGAAUGUCUUGGUGACAAUAUCUGGCAAAAAGGAUAAGUUACGUGUCUACUAUUUGUCCUGGUUAAGAAAUAAAAUACUUCACAAUGAUCCAGAAGUUGAGAAGAAGCAGGGAUGGACAACCGUAGGGGAUUUGGAAGGAUGUGUACAUUAUAAAGUUGUAAAAUAUGAAAGAAUCAAAUUUCUGGUGAUUGCUUUGAAGAGUUCUGUGGAAGUCUAUGCGUGGGCACCAAAGCCAUAUCACAAAUUUAUGGCCUUUAAGUCAUUUGGAGAAUUGGUACAUAAGCCAUUACUGGUGGAUCUCACUGUUGAGGAAGGCCAGAGGUUGAAAGUGAUCUAUGGAUCCUGUGCUGGAUUCCAUGCUGUUGAUGUGGAUUCAGGAUCAGUCUAUGACAUUUAUCUACCAACACAUGUAAGAAAGAACCCACACUCUAUGAUCCAGUGUAGCAUCAAACCCCAUGCAAUCAUCAUCCUCCCCAAUACAGAUGGAAUGGAGCUUCUGGUGUGCUAUGAAGAUGAGGGGGUUUAUGUAAACACAUAUGGAAGGAUCACCAAGGAUGUAGUUCUACAGUGGGGAGAGAUGCCUACGUCAGUAGCAUAUAUUCGAUCCAAUCAGACAAUGGGCUGGGGAGAGAAGGCCAUAGAGAUCCGAUCUGUGGAAACUGGUCACUUGGAUGGUGUGUUCAUGCACAAAAGGGCUCAAAGACUAAAAUUCUUGUGUGAACGCAAUGACAAGGUGUUCUUUGCCUCUGUUCGGUCUGGUGGCAGCAGUCAGGUUUAUUUCAUGACCUUAGGCAGGACUUCUCUUCUGAGCUGGUAGAAGCAGUGUGAUCCAGGGAUUACUGGCCUCCAGAGUCUUCAAGAUCCUGAGAACUUGGAAUUCCUUGUAACUGGAGCUCGGAGCUGCACCGAGGGCAACCAGGACAGCUGUGUGUGCAGACCUCAUGUGUUGGGUUCUCUCCCCUCCUUCCUGUUCCUCUUAUAUACCAGUUUAUCCCCAUUCUUUUUUUUUUUUUCUUACUCCAAAAUAAAUCAAGGCUGCAAUGCAGCUGGUGCUGUUCAGAUUCUA